AAGAAGAAAAAAAAAAGAAACAAAGGGAAAAAGAACAAGAAAAAGAAAUGAAGAAAGAGGAAGAAAUAGAGAAAAUAGGAAACAAAAAAAAAGAACUGAAAAAAAUGAUAAAGAAGAAGGAAAAAAAAAACAAAGGAAAAAGACAAAAAAAUGAAAAGAAUAAAAAGCAAAGGAAAGGAAAAGAAAAAAAAUAA